UCCCCAAGUGGAGUUACCUCCGUAUCUGGAGAGAAUCAAGCAGCAAGCCAACGAAGCCUUCGCAUGCCAGCUGUGGACACAAGCCAUCCAGCUCUACAGCAAAGCUGUCCAGAAGGCCCCCAACAACGCCAUGCUGUAUGGAAACAGAGCGGCCGCCUACAUGAAGCGCAAGUGGGAUGGGGACCAUUACGAUGCUUUAAGAGACUGCUUGAAGGCCAUCUCCUUGAAUCCAUGUCAUCUGAAGGCCCAUUUCCGACUUGCCCGCUGUCUCUUUGAACUCAAGUACGUGGCAGAAGCACUGGAGUGUCUGGAUGACUUUAAAGGGAAGUUCCCCGAACAAGCACAUAGCAGUGCCUGCGAUGCACUAGACAGAGACAUCAAUGCAGCCCUCUUCUCCAAGAGCGAUAACGCUGAAGACAAGAAAGGAGGUGGCCCCAUCCGGCUGCGAGCCACAGGCCGCAAGGAUUCCAUCUCCGAGGAUGAGAUGGUGCUGAGGGAGCGCAGCUACGACUACAAAUUCCGAUAUUGUGGCCACUGUAACACUACUACAGACAUCAAAGAGGCCAAUUUCUUUGGCAGCAACGCGCAGUACAUAGUCAGUGGGUCAGACGACGGCUCCUUCUUCAUCUGGGAGAAAGAAACCACCAACCUUGUUAGAGUGCUGCAGGGAGACGAGUCGAUUGUGAAUUGUCUCCAGCCUCAUCCCAGUUACUGCUUCUUGGCUACCAGCGGCAUUGACCCCGUUGUACGACUGUGGAACCCCAGGCCAGAGAGUGAAACCCUUAAUGGCCGUGUGGUGGUAGACAUGGAAGGCGCUUCCCAAGCCAACCAGAGGCGAAUGAACGCAGACCCGCUGGAGGUGAUGUUGCUGAAUAUGGGGUACCGGAUUACAGGACUGACCAGUGGUGGGGCUGGAGGUUCAGAUGACGAAGACAGCUCAGAGGGGCAAGUCCAGUGCCGGCCCAGCUAAAACAGAACUGCCUCUCCUUCCUCUAAUUGUUUGGCUGAAAGGGAACCUAGUUUCCUUGGUCCUGAACUUUCUCUGAUGAAUGACUGCACUGUUUCGCACUAUGCACAGAGUAGGACAAGCUGGCAGGGGCAGGAGCGGCCGUCUCUUUAAACCAUCGCCACCACCUCCUCCUCCUCCCGUCAGGCUACUGAGCAGCAGGGCAGUGCAGUCCGCUGUUUGCCUUUAGUGGAAUUUAGUCCCAAUGGGGGUCUUUGGGUUGUCUGUAAGCAGUGUAAGCUGGUGGGGUUUUAUCCCCAGAGCUGCUGUAUGAUCUGGUACAGGGGGAUGUUGCCUGCAUUCGUGCAUUUGCGGAGGGGAUGUUAAGUUCCUGAAUAAAAUACAAACCUAGGGCAGGGGUGAUGGAAUGAA